CUUGAUGGCAACAUCCAUGGAUCCUUACCGUGUGCGAUGGUGCAAUCGAUCCCCCACAGAAUCUUCAGCACUAAUUUGUCAUACAAAAUGUCUCCAUAUACAUUUCGUUUCAGAAGAGCGCGCCCUUCUCAUGACAUACCAGGAAUCCUUAUGCGAGGUUCGAAAGCACGAUGAAUACCUCUCCAAGCUUCACAUCCGCCGACAAUAAAGUCCAGCAUGACGUUAAGCCAUCUGGCGGCGAUGCGACUCAAACCUAUACGGACAAAGAUGAGCUGCAGCUCAAUCAUGGCGGCCAAGGCGCCACGCAGCGGCGUCUGCGAAAUUACCAAGUCACGAUGAUUGGAAUUUGCAGUGGUCUGGGGACAGGUUUAUUCAUUGGUACGGGAUCUGCAUAUGCAAAGGCGGGCCCGGCAGGUCUUCUCUUGGCGUACAUUAUCGUUGGUUUCAUUCUUUGGUGCGUCAUGCAGAGCAUUUCUGAACUGGCAACAUUGUUUCCAGUCGCUGGAUCCUUCCCACAUUGGGCCACUCGCUUUAUUGAUCCCUCUGUCGGUUUCUCGCUCGCCAUCUCAUAUGGCUACUGCUAUACGAUAGCAAUUGCUUCAGAAACGUCGGCCUCGGCAGUGCUUGUGUCGUAUUGGACCGAUCUCACCCCUGCCGUGGUGAUCAGUAUUGCUUUGGUCCUCAUCCUGCUCGCCAACUUGGCCAGCGUGCGCUUCUUUGGCGAUGUCGAGGUCUUCUCUGGCGCUGUCAAGGUGCUUUGCUUCCUUGGUCUCAUCAUUGUUUCGAUUGUCAUCUCGGCUGGCGGCGCACCUAACCAUCAUGCCAUCGGCUUUCACUACUGGAAUAACCCGGGCGCAUGGACCAAUUUCAACGGCAUUACUGGGCCUUCAGGACAUUUCUGUGGUUUCGUGGCUGCUUUUGUCAAUGCGUCAUUCAGCUUCAUUGGCGUUGAAACCGUUGUCAUUACUGCCGCCGAGGCCAUUGAUCCUCACCGAAGCAUCCCCAAAGCUGCCAAGCGCGUCACUUUCCGCAUUGGCUUCUUCUACAUCCUUGGCGCCUUUCUCAUCGGGAUAAUUGUGGCCUCGAACAACCCAAACCUAGUCUCGGGCACCGGCAAUGCCAAUAGCUCGCCGUUUGUCAUUGCCAUCAAAGAAGCAGGCAUCAGCGUUCUGCCGUCUAUCGUCAAUGCUUGCAUUCUCGUUUCCUCCUGGUCUGCUGCCAACUCGUACUGCUGGGUCGGCUCACGUAUCAUUGUGGCCAUGACCACCGAUCGUCAAUUGCCACAGAUCUUCGGACGCACCACGUCAAAUGGAGUGCCUUACGUUGCGGUCAUCGCCGCCUGGUUAUUUGGCCCGCUUGCCUAUCUGAGUCUCGGAAGUGGCGGCCCCGCGCAAGCAUUUAACUGGCUCCUCAAUUUGAGCACCGUCGCCGGUCUUAUCGCCUGGGCCACGCUUUCCCUGUGCUAUCUCCGUUUCCACGCCGCGCUAAAGGCUCAGGGUAUCAGCCGCGACACGCUGCCGUGGAAGGGCCCUCUGCAGCCAUACGCCGCGUGGGUCGGCCUUAUCGGCUCCACCGUCAUCACCCUCAUCAACGGCUUCUCCGUUUUUCUCCGGGGUAAUUGGAACACAUCGAACUUUGUCGCUUCAUACGUUGGAAUCCCCAUUUUCAUUGUCCCAAUUAUCAUCUGGAAGAUUAUAAAGCGCACAAGAUUUGUUCGCGCUUCUGAAAUUGAUUUGUGGUCUGGCCGUCUCCCCGAGGGAGAAACCAAUGAAGAGGAAGGCGUUUCCAAAAAGCUGUGGAAACGCGCUGUUGCGCUUGCCGUCUAGACUGUAGACUCUAGACCCUAGAAGCUUGUUUCUUUUUUUGUUAUGUUAUUUUCUUUUUGGUCUAUUUUAUGAGUCCAUUUUUACGACGGCUGCAUAAAUACCAUGCAUUUUGAAUAUACUACCUUUUUUCUUUUGUGGUAGAGUCCGGCACAGAAUGUGGGGUUUCUGGGUUGCUUACCGCUAUUUCAUUAUGAGGUCCUUUGACUCCUGGCAUUUGUAUACACCCAUUUAGUUAAUUCUUCUUCUUCUUUUUUUGCCAUAUCGAGCAUGAGUACCCCCGGCGAGGGAUAUAAAGCGUUCUAGAAAUAAAGAAGACGUCUUUAAUCGUUGUUAGAAGAAGGGCAAAUACUAUCAAACUAGCGCAGUUAUGUACUUUGUGUGCAAAAACUUGUGUUUUCACCAGAAA